AAGUAGUCGGCUAGCUAAAUUGAUUAGCCAUUAGAAAAAAUAACAAAUUAUAUUUUGGGUAAAACUUUUUAAAAUAUAUAAUGUCUGAGAAAACUGAGGAAAAUUCACUUGGGUCACCAUCUGUAGAUAUUUUGGGAAUCUGUAAAACACCCAAACAACUAGAAUCGCUAAUGGAGAUCAGUAGUAGUUCAGUCAAUUCGAAUACUACUGAACUGCCCCUGUAUAGGCAACAGGAAGUGGAACGAAUCGUUCAGAAGACUCUGAAAGAAUUUAAGAACAAGGGAUACUUCAAUGAUAUAGACGAAAAUAAGCUAAUGAGUUUAAUCGUUCCCAAAGUGUUAAUGGAGCUGCAAGUCAAUGAGCAAUUGUAUGAUGAGAUGCAGGGCAUUAAGCAAACACUAAACUCCUACAUCCAACACUCUAGGGCGAAAAGUUUGACAAUGUUGAUAAACGCGAAAAGCUCUUCAAAAGUGAAAAUUUGACCAGACGGAUACAAGAAGCGGAAGACUACUUAGAAUCU